AUGAUCGCUUUGGGUAAUGGACUACGAGAGGAUUCCUCGUUGACUGCAGAUGACGACUUCGUGGAUGUUACCGACGAACGAAGUACCACUUCAACAGGGUUCAAGGCUCAUCUGCGCUUGCCCUUCAUGGUUCAAAUGAUUUUAUUUUACGUUUCUUGUGUUAUAGUUGUUGUUCUUGCAUUCCAUUUUUCUUUAUUUAAUGCUCUUCCACCUACAACAACCAUUGAGCGCCAAGAAUUCACUGUCACCAACGACGGAGAUGUCAUCAAUCAGAAGCGAAAUGGCGGCGUAUCGCGAAGAUCUCAUCGACGAGUGGCAAAACAGAUCAGCCGUAGAACAGAAACAGAAUCGCAAACGCAAAGGUCCUCUCGUCCACGACCAGUGCUUUUACGCCGCCCACAGUCUCGCAUCGAACCACAUCACUGGCCAACACCACCCAGGUCACCGCCUCGCAUUGAUGAUAGCACAAGACUUACAGAAACUCGAACUCGAGCUCUCAACCUAAGGCCUAUUAACACUCCGCUGUCAAGAUCACCAAUACGGCCUCUUGCUAUUGCUCCUCGGCAACCGCUGCCAAUACGGCCUCAACAACCUAGUCGUCGAAUAGUGGACAGCUCGCGAAGAAUAGCAGUUCCGCUACCGGUGCAGUCACCUCGCUGGAGCCUCGGACUACCACGUCCUACUACUAACAACAUAUUAACGGCUCCCGACAGGAUAUUACCGCGAACAAGAACUAUUGGCGAUGCACGUAUCAUAGACCGACGACCGCUGGAAAUGUCCGAAGCGGAAAUUGAACAAGCUGUGAUAAAUGCAAUAAUAGAAUCAUCAACGGUUUCUGCCAGAAGGCGGACACGUAUUCGAAGGCCGCAACUACGGCUAACAUCGGCGCUUCCAAGUUCACCAAUGAGCAAUACGCAACUGACUCGAAUGCAGCAUACCUCAAUCGUUUCAAAUACUGCUCAAAUGGAAGACGUCUUCGAGAGACCAUUUGGCAGUAGGUCUAGCACUAUAAGCCUGAAAAGCAACAUGGAAACUGAAGCUAUCAUCCCGGCUCUGACGACAACACCAAUGACAAUAAUUGCCCGAGUUGAUAACACUGCUUUCCCAACCAGUUCUAUUCCACUGUCUUCGCGUCGCAUCAGCAUAGUAUCCAAUAAAGAAAGCAGUAGUCGAAUGCGAUCGAGAAGCCGAGCUUUGCACAAACACAGCAGUUUCUCGUCCUCUGUGGCACAUUUUGGCAGUGCUGGCACGAAAAGCGUUGAAUUUGCUACAGAGCCGCCUACAUCAGCCCCUACUCAAUUCGAUACAUUUGUUAGGAGCAGGCCAAUAACCGUAAUCGGUCAAGAUGGUUUAUUCACUGACAUCACGACCAGAUCUCCACCGACGGAUAGGAAACCAACUCUGACUUUCACACAAUCACCAUCUGUCACAUUGAUCAGCGACGAUGAUGAUGAGCUUUUCAGGACUAUUCCGUUUGAUACCGACACAGCUACUGACAUCACAGAAGAGUUUACAUUCACAACAUCACCGUCUCCCUCUGCUACUUUACCCACUCCUUUAACAGAAGAGACAACCACUCCGACUCUAUUUGUAGAUAUAUCUGACGAAUUUACAACCACAGAAAAGCCAGGAGCACCAUUGGAUAUAGACUCUUCUGGAAGAAGUAUAGAAGGGUCGAACAUUCCGUCCAUGGAAGGGCCGAGCAAUCCAUCCACGGAAGAACCAAUAAUUUCAUCUAUGGACGGUCUCCACAUUCCAGGAAUGGAAGAUCCAUCGCGCCCAGGUGCUGACGAUAGAGAAGGUACUGAAAAAACAAUUCCAUCAACUCCGAUUGCUACACAGAUAAGAGGACCUCCUGCUCCUCCACCACCGGAAUUUUUGCUUGCUAGCACUAGGAACGGUGAAUUCAAAGAAGAGGAAUUGAACAGAAACAUCAUUGAAGGUGAGCAGUCGACAGUGUUGCCGCCGGCGCCAAUACCUUCCACAAAGUCAUUCUCGAUACAAGAAAUAGGCGCUCCUGGUGCCGAACCUCCUAAUGACACCGUCGUUGCAGAACUCAAUAAAGCGGAUGAUUUUAUGGAGGUAGCUCGGCGCUUGCAGCUGAUCCGAAGCAAUUUCAUUCGAGAUCGGCAACGGAGGUCAGCCAAGAAGAGGCAUUAAAAUCUUACUAUUAUUUGCAAUUAUAAUCAUGUCCAACCGAUUCUCACCUCAAAACAAGCUUCCCAUACGCUGUGCUCUUCCUUUUUGCCCAGAAAAUAUUUAUAGCGCACUUUCGCAUAGCAAGAUUUCGGUUGGUACCCUCACAACGGGUGGAAAUCACGCCUAUUAACGAACAUGAACUGUAAGCA